UCUACGACUGAGACAUUCACAUCAGGGCGAUUCAUCCGCCAUACAGGCCGAGACGUGGGACAUCAAACCGUAAAACACCGUACCCUGUAGUACCGUAUCAGUCAAUUUUCUUACGCAUCAAGGUUACUUUAGCAGCAAAUGGUGUGCUUUAUAUCCAAUGGGAACCCAACGCCAAAACAUUCUUCACCUGCGAUAAUGCAGCUAUCGCCAGCAAAUACCGCUAGGCUCUAUCGGGACAGCCCCUCCAUGGAUAAAGUAUAUCAGAUCUGUCAUCAGCUCUGCCUCGAACAGUUAUGACUUGCAGUAGAUUUGGUUGAUAGAGAUCUUCCUUGCUGUGGUCGAGGCAUCAGAUAUACCACCAUGGAUGAUCCCAAGACACGCCGCGUCUGGGCCACUGUGAUCACGAACCUGGACUACCUGCCCGGCCUGUUGACGCUGGCCUACUCCUUGCAACGGGUGCAAAGCGCAUACCCGCUCGUUGCGCUGUACACCGAUGCCUUCCCGCAGGCAGAGGGCCUCCCCCUGCUCCAGGCGCGGGGGAUCCCCUACCAGCGCGUGGAAGCCGUGGUGCCGGCCUCGUCGCGCCGGUACGAGGAAGACCCGCGCUUCAACGACACCUGGACGAAGCUGGUCGCCUUCACGCUGUGGGACGAGUACGACCGCGUCGUCCUGCUCGACAGCGACAUGCUCGUGCGCCAUAACAUGGACGAGAUCAUGGACCUCCCGCUCGAUGCGCCGGGCACUCUGCACCACCGGAUCUUUGCGGCUUCUCAUGCCUGUGCCUGCAAUCCGAUGAAAAAGCCACACUAUCCUUCUCAUUGGAUUCCCUCCAAUUGCGCCUUGACGGCUCAACAUCCCCACCCAGACAAGGCCCAGAAGGAAGCGCCCCCCUCCAGCGCCGGCGUGGGGAUGCUCAACAGCGGCCUGCUGGUGAUCAACCCGGGCAAACCUGCCUGGGCGAUGAUCGAGGAAGCCCUCGCCGACGCGGACAGGAUAGAGGCGUACAAUUUCCCGGACCAGGAGCUGCUCUCGGAUGUGUUUCGGGCGCGGUGGGUCGCCCUGCCGUACGUGUAUAAUGCGCUCAAAACGCUGAGGCUGGAAAACGCCCACGCCGCCAUCUGGAAGGACGAGUGCGUCAAGAACGUGCACUACAUCUUUGCGCACAAGCCGUGGCAUGAGACGCGGGAGCAACGUGCCGAUCUGUCCGAGGCCCGGAAGCUGAAUAGCUGGUGGUGGGAGGUCACGGACGAGAGAAAACGCCAGGAGAUGGAGAGGGGGGUCGUAGAUGAUUAUUAGGCUUCUCUCUCUCUCUCUCUCUCUCUCUCUCUGAGCGGCUUGCAGUCUUCUUGUACAGUACACGCAUGUUGA